AUGAAAGGAAAAUCAGUUUUCAAGAAUAAUGAAUUACCUAUCUUAAAGGCUACUAACAUUUUGGAAUUUGAUCCAAUUAAAUUCAAAUGGAACAACAAUUCAAAAGUGCCUUAUAGUUUUUUAAUUGAUACAUUUUCUUUAGUUGCUAAUACAAAAAGUAGAAUUAAGAUUAUCAAUUAUUUAACAAAUAUGUUACGGACUAUAAUUUUACAUGAUCCUAAGAGUGUUUUACCUGCAUUUUGGCUUUCAUCAAAUUCAAUAGCUCCUUCUUAUGAAGGAAUGGAAUUAGGAAUUGGAUCAAAUAUUUUAACUAAAGCUAUUUCUGAAAUAUCAGGAUGUUCUUCCCAAAAAUUAAAAAAAUAUUAUGAUCGAUAUGGUGAUUGGGGUGAUGUGGCUUAUGCUGCUAAAGUUUCUGUACGAACUAUAAUUGAUCCAACACCUUUAACUAUUGAUGAUGUAUAUAAUACCCUUUGUUCAAUAUCAAAAUUAAAAGGUUCCGGAACAGUAAAACAAAAAACUAAUUUAGUUACAAAAUUAUUGGUAUCAUGUAAAGGUGAGGAAAUUAGAUAUUUGACUAGAACUUUAAUACAAAAUUUAAGAAUUGGUGCAGUAAGAACGACUUCUAUGAUUUCUCUCGCUCGAGCAUUUUGUCUCACUAAACCAUUAUCAUCACCUGGAACAUCCAGUUCAUCUGAUAUUAUGGAAAGUGAUAAAUUUAAAAUUGAUCCGAAAAAAGAUUCCAAAGUUGAAAUAGAAAAGAAAUUAAAAGAAGCAGAAAAAUUAUUAAAAGAAUGUUAUGCUCAAUUUCCAAAUUUCAAUGAUAUCAUCAAGUGUUUAUUAGAACAUCCCAUAGAUAAAUUAUUGGAUGUUUGUCAUUUGACGAUUGGUGUUCCUCUCCGACCAAUGUUGAGUAAAAUGACUCAAGAUUUACCUCAAAUAUUUAAAAAGUUAGAGGGUAAACCUUUUAAUUGUGAAUACAAAUAUGACGGUCAACGUGCUCAAAUUCACAUGGAUUCUAAUGAUAUAGUUCAAAUAAUUCCUAAAAUUCGAAAUAAAAAUGUAAAUUCUUUCAUCAUGGAUAGUGAAGUAGUAGCCAUUGAUGAAGAUGGAAAUCUACAGAAUUUUCAAGCAUUAUCAAAUCGUUCAAGGAAGAAUGUCAAAUUGUCAUCAAUUUCUGUUCGCGUUUGCAUUUUUGUUUUUGAUUUAAUGUAUCUCAAUGGCGAGCCUCUAUUAAAAUCCUCACUUCGUCAUCGACUUGAACUUUUACGUAAUAAUUUCUUACAAAUACCAAAUUAUUUUGAAUUCGUAAAACAAAUAGAAUCAUCGGAUCCCGAAGAAAUUCAAGAGUUCUUUAAAAAUUCUACAGAGAUGGGGUGUGAAGGAAUAAUGGUUAAAGUAUUAGAUGAUCCCCCAUUGAGUUUAGAAAAAAAUCAGAGAAUGAAUUUGUUGGCUAGUUAUGAACCAG